UGUCAACGCGUGACGUCGAUAGUCGCAGCCAGCAGGAGGUUUUGCUUGGAAAGAAGGCGAAGUAGCUCUUCGGCAUCAAUAAUAGUGUCUUCCACCUCGGCUUCUUCUUUGUCAAUUCACCCAGCGAACAAAGAGUCCAGAACCACGGCGUCGUCGGGCAUGUUAGCGUGGCGUCCAAACGGAAGCGUCCUGUGCCCACGUCGCGACUAGUCCAGACAUGAGUAACGUUAAUCUGAUGUUUUGGGAUCACUUGCAGGCUGGCAGCUCGGACGUGGACUGGUGUGAAGGCAACUACCUCAUCUACCCGGGCAUCGCGGAGUUCUACAACACGAUCAGCAACAUUUUGUUUUUUGUUUUGCCGCCCAUAUUAAUGUGCUUGUUCCGCCAAUAUGCAACACAUUUCAACAGCGGGAUUUACCUCAUUUGGACCCUGCUGGUGGUGGUCGGUAUCGGAUCCACGUACUUCCACGCCACGCUCAGCUUCCUGGGGCAGAUGCUGGACGAGUUGGCCAUUUUAUGGGUGCUAAUGUGUGCCAUCGCCAUGUGGUUCCCCAAAAGAUACCUCCCCAGGAUGUUCAGGAGGGACCGGACACGGUUCAAAGUGGUGAUUGGCAUCUUGUCAGGGAUCACCACCGGGUUGGCCUUUGUGAAGCCUGUUGUGAACUCCCUGUCACUCAUGACUCUGGGCAUCCCCUGCACUGUGCUGCUCAUCACCGAGCUUAAAAGGUGUGAAAACCCACGUGUGUUCAAGCUGGGCCUGAUCUCAGGGAUCUGGUGGGCGCUGGCUCUGCUCUGCUGGAUCAGCGACAAGAUUUUCUGUGAAAUGUGGUCGUCGGUCAACUUUCCCUACCUGCACUGUGCUUGGCACAUCCUCAUCUGUCUGGCCUCCUACUUGGGCUGCGUGUGCUUCGCCUACUUCGACGUGGCCUACGAGGCCCCCGAGCGAGGCCCCGUCAUCAUGUUCUGGCCCAACGAGAAGUGGGCCUUCAUCGGCGUCCCUUACGUCUCCUUCCUCUUCGUGCACAAGAAGUCGACUAUCAAGGUGACUUAAGGUCGCCCCCACCCACCAUUUUCUCCGCACUUUAAGGUGGAUCACCAGACGGCCAUUGGAUGACACAGGUGGUCUUUAUUACUCAGCAGUGCUUCUGCCAGCAACAUGUGCCACUCGCCAUGUGGCGCUCCUACCACGCAUGGAAGUAUUAUGCAUUUGAUGCUUGACCUCAGUAUUCCACUGCCUUUACAUCUCCUGGGUGCAUCAAACCAGCAUCAGUGACAACACUCUGAAUGCUAUUGUGAUUGUUUGCAAACAUUCUUCUACUUUAUGAAUAAUAUUAGAGAACCAUGAAUGAAGAGCCAUGUAACCAACAUUGAAUGUACUGAAGAUUCAUAGAUUUGCUUUUAGUGACAAAUAGCAGACAACAUUUCAGGUCACUUUUUGUUUUUUAUUAUUUCUUAAGCUAGAAGUAACUUUCUAAUCCUCUUUUUUUUUGUUUGAUCUUGUGUUUGAUUUAUUGAUCAUGCCAUGUUCUCUAGGGUGCAUUCAGUAUUUUAGAUGGUAUACUUACAACAAGUACGGCACAUGUGUAUGUAAAGCCAAAAUCCAACUGGAUACUAAAGUUAAGAAAGGUGCACAAUCCUCCUAUGCACAUGGUUCAUGCCAGGGAUGCCCACAUUUGGCCCGUUGGCACAUAUUUAUACCAGCCGUCUUUCAAGCUGCACAAUCAUGGACGGCAGGUCCGCCAGCCUACACUGUAAAAAAAAAAGUCAGCAGAUUUUACUGUAAAAAAAAAAACAACAACUGGCAGCUCAGUUGCCAGAAGUUUGAGGUAAAAAAAAAUCAUCAUUUUGCAAUUUUAAAAACAGCAAACUUAGAUUUUACGGUAAAAAAAAGUAGCAGCUCAGUCGCCAGAAUUUUGCAGUAAAUAUAAAA